CUUCUGAGUCCACACGGAUUGUUUUGAAGGUUACACCAGCGAGUUACCAAGUGCCUCCCUUCUUACCUGUGCACCCUUCAGGAUGGCGCAGGCAGACAGCAAGGUGCUGGUCCUGGGGGCUUUAGCCGGAGUGGCAGGCGUCAGUUUGGCUGUGGUGUGGUACCAGGGCUUCAGAUCGAGGCGAAGAGCGUCAUGUCCGGGGUACUACCUGAACCGCACCAACGGACAGGGGACUAGCAUGAUGCUGGUGGACGGUCCAGGUCUGCCCAGGGGUCAGGCCGAGGUGCUGGAGCGCCUCGAGGCCCUGAUCCAGUGCGUGUCCGAGCUGAAGGACGAGAUGAAGUCGCUGAAGAACGCUCUGCCGACGCUGCCCAACCAAGUCAGGGAGGAGCUGAUGGGACGCGAGGAGGCCCAUCGAGCAAGCACCCUCCACAGGACCACGCCCACACGGAGGAAAAGAGCUGCAGCAUCCAUCGCCGGGGCCGCAGCCGGGGGGCGGAGCUCAGAGGAAGCAGAGAGUGAGGGAGGGUAUAUGACCGCACUGACAGACUCUGAUGAUGAAGAAGAGCCCAGUGAUGCAGAACAGAGCGAUGAAGAACAACCCGUAGACAAGCUCUGUGUUCUUCUGGAGAGGAUCGAGCUUUUGCACCAGGGUACAGACUCUGAAAAAAGAGAAAGUCUACAACUCCUUCUGGAGAACAGAGAUGAGUUUGGACAGAACUCAUUAUUUCUCUGGCGGCUGAUCCGAGCGUACUGUGAUGUCCAUGAUGUCAGCUCCACUCUGGAGGAGAAGAAGACCCAUGCAGAAACUGGGAAGAGAGUUGGUGAGGAGGCAGUGUCCCUGAACCCUACAUGUGCUGAAAGUCAUCAGUGGUACGCCAUCAUGUGUGGAAUAAUGGCAGAAUAUGACACAGUGCAGAACAAAAUAAAGAACGGAUACAUCUUUAAGGAUCAUCUGGAUAAAGCCAUUGAGCUGAAGCCACAAGACCCCUUGUCCUACUACCUGCUGGGCCGCUGGUGCUACGCUGUGGCUCAGUUGUCGUGGAUUGAGAGGAAAGUUGCUGCUACUUUAUUUGGAGACCCUCCAAGCGCCACAGUGGAAGAUGCACUGAAUAACUUUCUUAAGGUUGAAAACAUCCAGCCAGGAUAUUCCAAAGUGAACUACGUGUUUCUAACUAAGUGCUACAAAGACCUGGGUCAGAGAGAAAAGGCCAGAAAGAUGUGUGAAGCUGCGUGUUCCAUGAAUGCUGUGUCUAAAGAGGAUGAAGAUUCCCAGAAGGAGCUGGAUGUGCUCCGCCCCGCGCUCGGCAUGUGACCACAGCGUGCUCAUGCUCCUGGAAAUGUGUUUUCCAUGUGCUACGUGAUGUGUGUGUGAGUGUGUGUGUGGGUGAGUGGGUGUGGAUUGAAAGGUCAUGAUGUUAAUUCACUCUGUGAGUGGAGGGGAAUCAUCAAUGGGAACCUUCCUGUAGAGUUUUAAAUCCAAGUCUGUGUAUACUUUGUAACGCAUUAUAAUGUGCUUAUAGUGCGGGGUAAUUCGAGUUAAAAACACUCAUAAAUAAUCAUUUUGCUUUCAAUCAUAACACAUUAUAAAGCAUUUUAUAAUGACUUCAUAAUAUAUACUUCAUCAUUUCAGAUCUGGUUAACCCUAACCCUCUGUAUUAUAUGUCCCAUAACUUCAGAAGGUCUCAUUAUAAUCACUUUCAAAGUAGUCAUUGUUUGCUUUUAGUAAAGAAACAUCAAUCAUUCUAUGCAAGGACACAAUACUUUAAAUUAUAUUUUACUUGAUUAAAACAAACAAUGACCACUUAGUCAAUUAUUAUAAUACAUUAAAACCAAAACACUGAUUUGAAUAAUUUAUUGCAACUAUGGGAACUUGCUCUAUAAUGUGUUAUGAUCAUUAUAAAUAUUUACGAGUGCUUGUAGCGAUACUUAUUUGGAGAUUAUUCUGCUUUAUAAGUGUUUAUAAAGCAAUAUAGACUUCAUAGAAAGUGUUACCAAGAUUUUGAUUCUAAUCUUUUAUUAUUUUUUAAUAGUGGAAAAGGAGGAACUCUCACUUGGUUGUACUAAAUCAGUGAGACGAAAGCUUUUCCAUAGCUCGGAUAAUCAAGCCGUGUUUUAAAGUACAUUUUAAUCAUUAGCAUUGUAUCAGAAAUGGGUUUAAUCACACGUGUAGUGAAGUCUGUGAUUGUGGGUGUAUAUAUAUAUAUUCAGUGGAUCUGUGUGUACAGCAGCCAUAGCUCAAGGAUACUAAGUUUCCUUGGCAACAAAGACCUGUUGCUUUUUAGGAAGUGACGAGAGGGACUCGCUGUUCCUUCCUGUUCUGUCUUGUUUUGUUUGUUUGUUGUGUCUCCCACCUCGCAUUCAAGAGGCAAUAACAAAAGCACCUCAGACAAUGGCGCACACCCAAACAAAGAUGUUGGAAUGCUGUGACCCCUGGACGACCCCCGGACGACCCCCGGAUGACCCCUGCCCUCUCCCCUCUGCCGUCACUCACACCAGUGUGACUGCAGGAACACUGCACAGUGAUUCUAUCCAGCAGUCUGCACAGGGUUAUGUUCUUUAUUUGUUUACUUUGGCAUCUGGUCAUGGAAUACAUGUAUUAUUCAGAUACCACCUGAUACUCAGCUCUAAUAGAGUGGUGCAGAAAUGAGUCCGUGUUUUUGGUUAAAUGCCUCAGAUGAAAGAUUUCGGUCCAUGUCUAGAUCUUCAUUUGGUUUGAUUUGGACCAAAACAUAACUCUGUCUUGGCCCCAGUUGUCCUGCUUAGGAUUGAUUUAGUUAACUAUCUUCUGCCCUAAAAGGAAUGAGUCGCAAAACCCAGGAAUUAGUUAGCAUUGGACCUGUCUCUAAUUCAAUGGUCUGUGGUUAACACAAGCUGAAAAGAUGUUCACGUUUGGUUCUACGACAUCAAAUAUGUCAGUAAAUACCCCACAUGUGAAUGUCCGAAAGCUUCUGUGUUUCUUCAAAACAGGAGUUGCUAACAAGUGAGAGUACUAAACAUCAUCACGCUGUGAUUUGUUUAUAGCUGCUAGCAUACAGUGAUCUAAUUACUUCUGGUGAUUGCAUUUACACUACAAAAAAAGUGGUGUUAAUAUGUGGAGAGUAUCCUGCUGAACAAAACCUCUUAGUAUCAUAAACGUGUGUUUGCCACAGACUUUAUUUUCGCAAAAUACUGAAAGCCAAUGGAAUAAUCCCAUUAGCUUUUGGUCGAGGGACCACUUUGCGAUGCUAACAUCGGGGUCGUCCUACAAAAAUACGUCAUCACUGCACCGCUCUAAUUCAGUCUAACAUAACAGCAGUUAUUCAAUGGACCCAGACGAGAUACACUCUAAGACAGUGUUGUUUUAAUGUUAAGAUCUGGGUCUUUUUACCUCACUGCAUACUUUGACCUGGGCCUCUUCUGAAUCCUUUGAUUUGUUUCUCUGUGUUACAAGAAUAAUAGACCAAUUGCUCUGUAUUGAACCUCUAAUGAGCAUAUCAGAGGACAUGAUGUGAACUGCAUUCCAGACGUCAUUUGAAUGAUUUUACACUUGUGAUACGUGUGAUGCAUUUUGAUUGAGGUUUACUCUUGAGACUCUAGAACUUAAAUUGUGUUACUUGAAUUGUGAAAAUGACCUAAAAUAAUUAUUUUUGUCUGUCAUGUUUUUUUUCUACCAGCGCUACGAAUGUAGGCGAUUGAUUUUCUUCAAAUGCCAAAGCAAGUAGACUUAUUGGGAGAUAUAAACACUACAUAGAGAUUAUACUGCAGUGUCUGAAUGAUUAAUGGUUCUGUUCUCUCUAAUUAAAUCUGUGCAAUCCUGA